AGUCUGAUGGGAAAAAACGCACAGGUGACCAGGGGUCAAUACAAAACUGUUACUUGGCACUGAGACUUUAUUUCAAUUUUCUAUGGUAUAAAGGAAUAUUAUUGGUUUUUUGGCCAGGUUUAAGUUAUAAUUCAUAACAUAACAUUGCAAUGAAAGGAACAAAAAUAGUCAUAUCUAGUCAUAGUCAUAUAAUAGUCAAAAACUGAACCAUGAAGCAGUGACUCAGUAAACAGAAAGUCCUCAUCAUGACAUUUCAAGAAAUUCUGGUUUAGAAGAAAAAAUCCAUUUGAACAGACUUAUAAUCUGGUCACUCUAAUAGAUAAUAUAAUUAAUGUCAUUAUAUAUGUAUAUAUAUUCACAUUUCUAGAUGGUAUUUGUUCAAUUAUUCUCUAUCUCAAAGGUUUGUACACAUCAGUACCCUGCUGUUGCAUUAUGUAGUUUUUAUUGUAUGUACAGUACCAUUUUACCACAAUUCUGCACACUAUAUAAAUAUAAAUAUAUGAACCCUCUUCAGCAAACUAUAUACAUCAGUACAAUUAACAGCCUGUCUUUCUACUCUGUCAACACACAAGUGUACAGCAGGUCCUAUUUUCUUUCUCCCAGCUUUGCUUCUGUAUCUUUUUAUAUUCUUACUGUAAUGUUCAAGGUGAGAGGCGAAGAUGCCUGCCUUUUUUCACAUGCGUGCACACGCACAUUUGUGUAAGUGGGUCGCUGCAUUGCUGGAUUGUGAUUGGCUGGAUGUCCAGAGGAGGAAGAUAGUCAGAUUGGUCCUCUUCUGCUGCUGCAGCAAAUGGAGGGACGGCUUCACUGGGUUUGACCAGUGGAGAUAAAAUAUUACAUACUGUCUGCUUAAUCUUUCAGUGAACUCAGGUCACUGGAAAACGCACAUUUGACCUAGAGCAACACUCUGAGAGUGUGAAAUGCCUCAGCUCUCUGACAUGAUGUUACCUCCUGCCUGCCUGUGUGUCUGUCACCACCAUGACAAUGAAGACUGGAUGGCUGGGUGGUUCAAAGCCUAGAUCUACUACCAUCUACUACAUGAUCCUCUCUGGAGAGACACAGUCGCAGGGCUAAAAGAAACUUCCAAACGUCCUUUAACCUGACACCUGCUGACAGCACCAACAGUAAUAUAUACAACGCCCUCGUUCAUCUACUUAUAUACUGUACUUAGUGUGAGCGUGCGUGCAAGCGCGUGCGUGUUAAACGCAUGCGCACCGAUGCCUCUCGCUUCUGUGGGGCGCAGGCGGCGCGCAGCUCACAUAGUUGAUCGGUGUCCGGAGUGAGAGAAGCUGAUGUGGACGACGAUGAUAAUCGACGACUGUCGACCAAAGCAAGGGACGCACCCACACACAGACAGUGGACUCGGCGUCAGUCAGUUUAGCGGUUAUUAAUGAUUAAUAAUCGGCAGGUGUGAGAGGAGUUCAGCGCUUCAGUGCACAUUAUAGCGGGACUCUGUACACUUUCAACAUCCAUCACCUCCUUCUUCGCCUCCUCUGGAAUGAAGACUCUCCUCGGCCCCUCUCCGGGUGGGCAGAUCUUUGCCUUUGGAGGGAUGUGUCAGGAGCUGGUGGACACCCCUUCUCCUAGGAGCAUCAGUGUUUCUGCCCCUCAGACUCCACCUCCAGGUGAUCUACACGUUCCAGCGCCAGCUCUACAAUUUCACCUUCCUGCAUUAGGUCAGGGUGUGACCUAUUCCCUGUGUGAAGUGUGUAACCUGCAGCUGACCUCAGAUGCUCAGGCUCAGCUGCACUACAACGGCCGAUCUCACCUCAGGAGAGUCAGACAGCUUCAGGUUGGAGAGGCAGGUCAACGCGCAGCGGGAGGGACUCAGUCCAGGUCUCUUCCUCAAGCCACAGGACUCGGCCCUCAGUCAGCACGACUUACUUCAACCUCGAGCCUCAGUACUCCAACAAGCACAGCAGCAGGAAGUGGGAGCGGCACAGUGGGCGGGGCCUUGCCGGGGCUAAUUGGUGCCACCAGUCCCUCAGUGAUGAUGAAACCAUUCCUGCCCUUUUCUGUGGAGACAUCGCCGUCACCUGUGGGACUCUUUCCAAACUUUAACACGAUGGAUCCAGUGCAGAAGGCCGUCAUCAACCACACGUUUGGUGUGACCUUGGUCCCCAAGAAGAAGCAGGUCAUCUCAUGUACUGUCUGCCAGCUGAGGUUCAACUCUGAUACUCAAGCAGAAGCUCAUUACAGAGGCAGUCGUCACGCCAAGAAGCUCAAGUCUAAGGAGAACAAAACUAAGGCCAAGCUGUCAAUCACUAUGGAGACCAAUGGAGGGAGUCCUACAGGCUCCGCCCACAACAGUUUGACUAACAGCUGCAACAAUCAGCGCUUAGAAUUCCUUCCCAGCCUGGCUGACUCCUCAGCCCCGCCCAAACCUUUCCACAUUUUCUCUUCAUCUUCUUCCCCGCCCUCCUCUACCUCUUCUCCCUCCUCCAGUAGGGCAGGCAGUGAGCCUCCUCCUUCCAGCCCUCCUUUUGCUCUCCCUGCCCCAGGCCUCUCGUCUUCUUCUUUUUCUCCCUCUGCCACCUUUUCCAAAACCUCCCCUCCACCUCCUGUCACCUCAUCCUCGCCCUCGGCUCAUCCAACCUCUCAGGCCUCCAGUCAGGAUGCUUCUGUCCCGGUUGAGUCCGAGGAAGAGAAGGCAAAAAAGCUGCUGUACUGCUCUCUCUGUAAAGUGGCUGUAAACUCCCUGUCUCAGCUGGAGGCUCAUAAUGCAGGUUCAAAGCACAAGACUAUGCUGGAGGCUCGCAGUGGAGACGGGCCCAUCAAGGCCUACCCUCGACCUGGAGCUAAGAUAAAGAACGGCAGCACUUUCACAGUCAAAGGCUCCGGUUUGCAGAACAAAACCUUCCACUGUCAAAUCUGCGACGUCCACGUCAACUCUGAGAUCCAGCUCAAACAGCACAUCUCCAGCAGGAGGCACAAGGACCGAGUGGCAGGAAAACCAAGCAAACCCAAAUACAGCCCUUACAACAAACAGCGAAACACACUCACAAAGGACUUGUUGAAGCCGUCCCUCUCGCCCUCUUUCCUUUCUUCCCCUUUCGUCUCUCCCCCCUCGUCUCUCACCUCCUCAAUCUCCCUCCCUCCCUCGUCCCUGUCAUCCUCCCCUCUUCUGAACCCAACUUCCUCACACCUCACCCCUGCCCUCUCCCUUCACCAUCGUCCUCCAGCGUCCUCCUCCCUCUUUACAGCGUCCUUCCUUCGUCCCGCUCCCGGACCAAUCAGAACGAGCCAGGGAUCGAUCCUUUUUGCCCCCUACUGAGGUGGUUACAGAACAACCUUUAAUCCUCUGAAUGUCAGUGUGUUGGGGCUGCAGUGAUAGAAGAGUCCAGACGACACAUCAGUUCUGUUCUGGCAGUCGCAGCGUGGAUCACCUACUUUCUUCUGACUUGACAGCGUCUCCACAGAGAGACAAAAAAGACGGAAGGAAGGAAGAGGUUAACAAAUCCUCACGUCAGAACCUGAGAAGAAGAAGAAGAAAAAACAAGAGUUUUAUUUAUGCAAAAAUCUGAGAUAAAUGAGUUUUAUAAAAAAUUACAAAUAAGAUGCAUAAGAUUUAACUAAUUAUGUUUAGGGGAAAAAUCCCAAAGAGCCGAUGAAGAACAUCUCCUUUAGGACAAAUAAGACAAAACUGUCGACUGUGCAUGGAUACAACUUUGUUGACUUUUUAUCCCGAAGUUCUUCCAAAAAGGAUUUUUAUUUUAUUUAAUCCACAAAUUGGAGGAAACUUUGGUGCGUUUCAUUUGCAGAGACAUUAAGACGGACGAUGCUUAUUGUAUGUAUACAGUGUCUGAGAUUGUCCUCUGGCAGACGUCCCUUUACUGCUUCCCAACGUACAGCUCUGUAACAAAAUGCAAAGUAAAGAAAAAGUAUUUCAGGGACAAAGAUCUUCAUUUUAUUUAUUCUAAUAGUGUUGACAAAACCAGUGUGGUUCCUCACAUUUCUCCAUCUCUACCCUGUCAUCAGCAAUAAUGUAAUUAAAGACCUCAAAGCAGAUCAAACGCACUAUUUGUUGUCAUAAAACUGUUUUUGAAAUUUGUUACUUAAUAUUUACACUUUUUUUGCUGAGGAAUUAUUUUAGAUAUGUGUAGUUUUAUUUUGUUAAUUUAUGUUAAACAUGUUUGAUUCUUACUUGAUCUCUUUAUUCAUGACACAGGAACAUGACACUAUCUGGUCGUAUCAUAAAUAAUGCACGAGAAAUGGAUGAAGCUAGCAGUAGCCCGGACGUGCUCCACUGUAUUCAUUCUGUCAUAUUCAUCGUGCAUUAUCUGUUUCCUCCCAACAGAAUUGUUAUUGACAGAAUGUUAUGUUCUUUUGACAAAGACCCAGGACUAGUGAUUUAGUCUUAGGUCAACCCAAGUCAACCCAAGGUCAACCCAGGUCAACCCAGCCUCAGUUCAUUUGGGUGAAGGAAACACUAAGCGUUGCCAGCAGUGCCAUUACCAACAUGAAGCCGACUUCAGCAGAAAUGUCUUUUUGGUGGUGAGUGUUUAGUCCCAUUCUGUCACCUCAUUAAUUUAUCAUUCUACUCCUACUGUUAGCCUCAUACUAGUUAAAAAAAUAAUUUAAAAAAACCCUAGUAAUUUACCAUCCCAGCCAAAGGGGAAUGGGUCAUUGGACUGAUUAAUGACUGUCCUGUUCUCUGCCCACUCUGAUUCAACGUGUCAUUGGUAUGGAACUGAAACAGUCCCAGAACUUUCAUUGGU